AAGCAACGAGACACAAGAUAGCAGACCUCAGCGCGCCGCCACUCUCUCCCCCCCACACUCGCUACCUGCUUCCUCUCGCCUCGCUGUUUUAUUCCUUGAGUUUGUUUUGCCUUCCAGAGUUCCGUCGUGAGGUGAAGAUGAAAUACGUCAUUGCUCUUGUGUUUGUGGCGGUGGCGGAGGCGGCGGUGGUGACGACGCAGACUCGGGGACAGGGAUGCGUGACAGUGGCGCCUGCUGAGAACUUCGUGAACGCUAUGUAUGAAGGACGCUGGUAUGAGAUUGGCAGGAUCCAGACGCCGGGCGGGGCCGCGUUCCAGAAGGACUGUUGGUGCGACACGACAGACUUCCACUCGGAGACGCAGCUGGUGGGCGACGGCGAGGCGACCUACUCCUGCAGGAAGCACGGGCCGGACGGCGACCUGCAGAGCGCCACAGCUGACCUUCUCUUCGAUGGCAUUCCUGGGAAGUUUAAACAGCAGUUUCGGUUCCCAUUCGCUCCCAAGCUGGACUAUACCGUUGUGUUUGUCGACGAGAACGUCGCGAUGGAAUAUGACUGCGAUACGAGCUUUGGCAUCACUAACUACUGCAUCCACUUCAUGGCGCGCACUCCCCACAUGGACUCCGCCGCGCUGGACGCCCUCAUACUUUACGCCGAAAGCCUCGGCCUCAACACUCAGAACAUCACCUACAGGGCCACGGAGCAGGAGGGCUGCUGGUAGUGGUGCUGCUAGUGCUAGUGUGACCUAGAUGCUGUAGUAGUAGGAGUAGUAGUGAGGAUGAGGAAAAUCCUUCAGUAGUAGUAGUAGUAGUAGUAGUAGUAGUAUUAAUAGUAGUAGCAGCAUAAAUUAAUUUAAUUCAUGUACGAGAAAAAUACCUAUUACCAUUAUAUAUUGCAAUACCGUUCAGUAUAAAUCGUAACACACACACAAAGCAUACACAGACUCAGAUACUCAUGUAGCUACAGCACACCUGAAGAAGUACAUACGUACUAAUGUCUGCUAAAACCACA